AUAGCAGAAAUUUGUGAUAACCCGGGUCAGGUCACGCAUUUUGUCGGUGGUCGUCGUUCCGUGUGGAGGGGCUGCUAGUUUUCAACCAGUUUCCGUCCAGUUUCAUUUCAGCCUGGAGCGAAUGGUGGCCAGCUAAGUGAUAGGUAACAAGUUCAUGAAUAUAUAUUCUGCUGAAUUCCAGCAGUUUGCAUCCGAUAAUAACUCAAUAGUCUAUUGAAGCCAUCGAUUGAUUAUUGUGAUAAUUUAAAUGACUUUAGAAUAACAAAAUUCAGGUAAGUGCUGAGGACUUCUGACUGCUUAUAUAAAAGGCCACGUCAUGGGCCGCAAGAAGAAGAAGCAGCAGAAGCCAUGGUGCUGGUACUGCAACCGAGAGUUUGAUGACGAGAAGAUCCUGAUACAACACCAGAAGGCAAAACACUUCAAGUGUCACAUCUGCCACAAGAAGUUGUACACAGGUCCAGGGCUUUCAAUUCAUUGUAUGCAGGUGCACAAGGAGACUGUUGACAAGGUCCCUAAUGCAGUGCCCAGCCGGAACAACAUAGAAAUUGAGAUAUAUGGCAUGGAGGGCAUCCCGGAAGAUGACCUCAAGGCCCAUGAGCAGAGUGCCAAGUCUGGGCCCGCAGACUCGGACGGCGAGCCGUCCGCCUCCAGCCCGGACGUGGCCCGGCCCGGUAGCAAACCGGCCACGCCGGCCUCUCCCGGCGUGGGCGCAGCGUUCGGCGGGUCGGGCCUGCCCGGCCUCUCGGCGGCCAGCAGCGCGGCCAUGCUCGGUCAGAUGACACCCAUCGGGCCGAUGGCGCCCUACAUGCUGCCAGGGAUGAUUGGCCCCAUGGGCCAGCUAACGCACAUCCCCGGUAUGGGCAUGGCGGUACCGGGCGGCGUGCGACCCCUCUUCCCCUCGGCACAGGUGUCGUCACCGGCUCCUGUGGGGUCCUCGGCGGCGUCACGGAGUACCUUCCCGGCCUACAGCCAGGCGACGGGCAGCAGCGGCAGCAGUAGCGGCGCCUCCACCAAAACGACCACAUCCACAGCCACGUCCCGGCCUGCGCUGAUACCCCAGGUGGCCGGGGCCACGAGCAAAAUCGUCCACCCGGAGGAGGACGUAUCCCUGGAGGAGUGUCGGCUGCGGCUGCCGCGCUACCAGCGAUUCCGGCCUCGUCCGCCGCCGUCACCGCCCGGUCUGGCCGCGGCCGCAGCCGCCAACGCCGCUGCCGCCGCAGCCGCAGCCGCCGCCAACGCGGCAGCCACGGCCAACGCCACAGCUGCCCUGGAGGAGGAGCGUCGCAACCAACUGGCCAAGUACCACCAGCAGAUGCGGGCGGCGGCGGCGGCGGCGGCGGCCGUCUCGAUGCCGGCCGUCUCGAUGCCGACCGUGUCUCUGAUCCCCCAGCCGCUGAUGGGAUCGCUGGCUAAUGUCAUGGCCAUGCAGCAGCAGCCCCGUCUGGUGGUCAGCCAGCCGACGCCGCUGCCCAUACCCCAGCUGCUGAGCCCGCCCUCCAGUCGGGCGGCGCCCGCCGAACAGCCGUUCCCCGCACAGAUCCCCCAUCUGCUGCGGCCCGGCUACCUACCGGUCUCAAUGGGCGCGCCACAGCUGCUGGGGCAGCCGCCACAUCAGCUGCUGUUUGCGCCGCGGCCGCCCGCCCUGCAGUCGCAGCCGCACGCGCACCUGUUGGCGGCGCCGGGCGCCCCGCUGCUGCCGCCUGGCUUCCACCUGCCGCCCGGACUGCUGGGAGCGGCCGCGCCGCCGGCGCCACACCCGCACCAGCUGCUGGCCGCUGCACCGACCCCCUUCCCGCCGGGCGCCGCCGCCGCCGCCGCAGCCGCCGCCUUCAUGCCGAGGUUCAUCUUCCGGUAGAGCGCGCGUGCGCGACUCUGACGGACGAAGAUGGAGUUGCGCGGACGGAGUCGGCCCACGCGUGUCACCGCCACCGGCGGGCACUCAGAGCGGGGUGUCUGGGAGUGUGGGACUCGUGUCUGGGUGUGUGAGUGUCGCAGAGUGCCACCAGUGUCUGUGCUGUCGUGCCCUGACGGCGGCGGCGGGUGCAGUGCCCCCUCCCAGUCGCCCGCCGGCUCACCCGCGGGCACACCGGCCCGUGAUACUUCUAGUCCCGGAUCUGCAGAGGUGGCGCCCGGAGCAGGCCGCUCGCCCCGCCGCCGCCGCCAGCCGCGCCCCGCGACUGCGAGCCGCGCCGGCUGACUGGCCCCGUUCUCUCUUCUCUCGAUAGCUAGUGGAGCGGCGGCGCUCGCGCCGGGCGCUCUCUCCCUGUCAGUGAGUACGGGCUGUCCGGUAAGGCGCCGGCGGGCCGCGCCCGGCCCGCCGGCCGGCCGCUCUCUCGUAUACUCGUCUUCUUUGUACACUGCUUCGUCUGCAUGUGGGUGCUGCGGGCGCGGGUCCGGCCGCCGCCGCCGGGCAGACUCCUGGGUCUGUUCCGGCGGCCGGUGGCCGGGUGGCGCCGCCCGCUCGCCCUUCAGCCGUCAGAAAGUGCAUGUGAGGCGGCCUCGGUGGCCUGCGUGUGAGUGUGUCGCUCCCCUGCCACCCGUCCCGGCCCGUCCCGGCCCGGCCCGUCACUGCCCUCCGGUCCACCCCGCCCCUGUCCGAGUCAUUGCCGGGCUCAUAAGAUCACCUGAGGCUUCCUCUCACCCCCAAUAGCCAGAUCCAAUGCCCCGGGUGCGGGGAAAGUUUGGUAUGAGGGAUGUUUUAAGAGGAGCAGUAGGGGCCUCCCGGGACCUGCCUAGGUGCUGGAUAAAGGGUGAGGGGAGGAGGGAAAGUGAAGGACUGACGUCCAGCAGUGAAGACAGGAUUGAGGAUAGUAGCGGUCAAACGACCAUCCCUAGGACCGAAUAAGAAAUUGGCGGUUGGGGAAGGGGAGCAGUUCUUGUUUCGGCAAUCCCUGGAUUGCUGUGUACUUACGGCAAUGUAAUUGUAAUUUAUCGGAGCUAACAAUCAUACGCGUGCCACUCGCUUGUCAACAGAAAUAAUGGAAUGGCAUUUUAGCUAACCAAACGCUAUGAAGACUGGAUAAUGGGUAUGCCAUGUUACAACAUAUGUUACAUCAUACUUACGGCAUUGAUAACGUUUCCUCGGGGAUACGAUUCAGCAAGCGGGCAUUGUCCGCAAAAAUUGUAUCGAGGUAUGAAGUCAAAUGACUGGGAAAUUCACUACUGUAGCCCACCCACUUAACGCCGCCGAAAGGAAUGAGGGUGUGCUAUUUGCCGAGCUUUGGGGCAGGACUGAAAGGAAACGUGCAUGUAGCUGACGGAAAGUUCGACUGUUGAUCGUUGCUGGUGAGCCGUUCACCUGUUUCCAUCUAGUCACCGGGGCCGAAAAGAUUCAGGGCCUCGUGCUCCCAACGAGUACACAGAUACUCGUGUGGAGACACCAACUUCCAGGGUAUAUUGGAGACUGGAGUCAUCCGGCCUCGUGUAAAAGCGAGGUGUUUUCAUGGUGGGGACUUUUUUUCUUCGGGGACGCUUGUUUGUCGACUCUUUAAGGUUAUUUCAGCGACUGCCUAGAUCAAUUUAAGGAAGCUGCAGUAAGGCAGUAGGACGAGGCUUGCCGCAGAGGUGUAUAAUAUAUAAGCGUCGGAUGUGCUGCCUGAAAUGGUGGAUGCUAAAGUUAACUUUUGUUGUGCUUUCUCAAAUCGCGCGUCUAGCUGUUUCUGCCUUCAUUUGCCCGCAGAGGUGUCACCUGUAGUGUCGAUCGGCCCCUAUUGCGGCCUGAAAAUGAAGCUUACGUGUGCGCGAGUGAAGUUAAGCUUAAGCUGUGUCUGCUGUUGGCUCUUGGGGGCUCGGGGGCCGUGGGACGGAACACACAAAUUGACCCUUAAUUUGGGACCGUGAAAUUGGGACCUUAGAGUCUGUGAUUGUUAGAAUUUGGGACAUUUUACCGGUGACAGUUAUCGUUACCCCUCUCAUUGGAUAUAACUCGUUGGCCAUUUAAUCCUCGUGGUCAUUGGGUCCUGGGAAUGGUCCAACUCAUGGUCUCCGGUCCUGGUGCUCUGGGGUCCCAGGGCGACUGGUCUACCCCUCUACGUGGCCCCUUUUCCUGGGGUCCAUCCCCAGGUCUCGGUUCGGUGAUCCAGUGGUCCAUCCCCGGUUCGUGAUCCCUCGGUCCGUGAUCCCUAGGUCCAUGCUCACCGGGUUCGCGAUCCCCAGGCCUGUCAAUCCCAGAUCCUUGAUCCCCAGAAUCAUGCUCCCCAGAUCCAUGCUCCCUCGGUCCCGGCCCCGAGGCGACCUCUGUCGCCGGCGCCGUCCCGGCCGGAGUCUGUCGUCUCGCAGUGUCGCCGCCACCGCGCGCCACUGUUGGAGCCGCCCCCCAGAGGGCGCUCCCCGGCCAGGCCGGCGAGACGGCGGCGCCGGCCGCCCCCGCCCCCGCCCCCGCCCAUAGAGCUCUGACUGUCCCCUCGGUAUGCGUACAUCACUAUUAGUUAUCUCGGGCAUAUACAUAUAAAUACCUUCUAAUAAAGACGGCUCUGCUCGUUGAA